AUGUCCCGACCAGCCCUCUCCGAGAACCGCUCCAUGGCGAUCCUCAACGCGGCGCGCGACGGCGGCUACGCAGUCCCCGGCAUGUGCUGCUACAAUAUCGAGUCCAUCAUCGCGACGGUGCGCGCCGCCGAGGCCGCACGCUCGCCCGCCAUGGUGCUGCUCUUCCCGUGGGCCAUCGAGUACGCGGGCGCAUCGCUCGUGCGCGCCGCCGCCGACGCCGCCCACAGCGCCAAGGUGCCCAUCAGCCUGCACCUGGACCACGCGCAGAAGCCGGAUCUCGUGCGGCGCGCCGCCGACAUCGAGGGUGGCUUCGACAGCAUCAUGUGCGACAUGAGCCACUACGAGAAGGAAGAGAACCUGACGCUGACGAAGGAGCUGGUGGCGUACUGCCACGAGCGCGGCAUCGCGGCCGAGGCGGAGCCGGGCCGCAUUGAGGGCGGCGAGGACGGCGUCGCCGAGACGGUCGACCUCGAGGCGGUUCUGACGACGCCCGAGCAGGCCGAGGAGUUCGUGGCGACGGGCAUCGAGAUGCUGGCCCCGGCGUUCGGCAACGUGCACGGCGAGUACGGGCCGCGCGGCAUCCAGCUCGAGUACGACAGGCUGGAGUCGAUCAACAAGGCCGUCGGCGACCGGGUGAGGCUGGUGCUGCACGGGGCGGACCCGUUCACCGAGGAGAUCUUCGCGCGGUGCAUCAAGGCCGGCGUGUCCAAGGUGAACAUCAACAAGGGCAUGAAUAACCAUUAUGCGGCUGUGCAGAAGGAGAUGCAGGGCAAGCCGCUGACGAGCGUCAUCGAGGCCGGCACCGAAGCCAUGCAGAAGGCUAUCGAGCAGUAUAUGCAUCAGCUUGGGAGCGCUGGCAAGGCUUAG